AUGGCAGAUGAAGAUCCCAACCAACAGGAGCAUGAUGGCACCCCUUCUCAGAUGCCCCCACUCAAGGCAGAAGCCCGUGGCUACACCCUAUUCAGAGUUUUGGACAGAGAGUUCAUGAUCAAGCUGAGCAAGCGCCGGUGGGCGGUGGUCCUGGUGUUCAGCUGCUACUCCAUGUGCAACGCCUUCCAGUGGAUCCACCACACCGCCAUCAAUAACAUCUUCAUGAACUUCUAUGGGGUCAGUUCCUUUGCCAUCUUCUGGCUGUCCAUGUGCUACAUGCUGACCUACAUCCCUCUGCUCCUGCCCGUGGCCUGGCUCUUGGAGAAGUUUGGCCUGCGGACCAUCGCUCUCGCUGGCUCCGCUCUCAACUGCCUGGGGGCCUGGGUGAAGGUGGGCAGCCUGCAGCCACAUCUCUUCCCAGUCACCGUGCUGGGCCAAGUCAUCUGCUCCAUGGCCCAGGUCUUCAUCCUGGGUAUGCCCUCCCGCAUUGCUUCCGUCUGGUUCGGAGAUGAUGAGGUGUCAACUGCCUGCUCCACAGCUGUCCUUGGCAAUCAGCUUGGAAUUGCCCUUGGGUUCUUGGUCCCUGCUGUCUCAGCACCCAACAUCGACGACCCUGAUGAGCUUGCCUACCACAUCAGCAUCAUGUUCUACAUAACAGCAGGUGUGGCCACUCUGCUUUUCAUCCUUGUCCUCAUCGUAUUCAAGGAGAAGCCUAAACAUCCCCCCAGCAGGACUCAAUGCCUGAGCUACGCCUUUGUGUCCCCCGAUGCUUCGUUCUUAAGUUCCAUCAUUCCGGUCUUCGAAAAGCAGAACUUUGUGCUGCUCUUCAUCAGCUAUGGUCUGAAUGCGGGUGCUUUUUAUGCCUUGUGCACCCUGCUGAAUCGCAUGGUGAUCUUCCACUACACGGGGGAAGGUAUGAUAGUGGGAAGAAUCGGCCUGACCAUCACCGUUGCAGGAAUGCUUGGGACUGUGAUUUCAGGCAUCUGGCUGGAUAGGACCAAAACCUACAAGGAGACCACCCUGGUACUCUACAUCAUGACUCUGGUGGGCAUGGCGGGGUACACAGGGACCUUGAACCUGGGAUACCUGUGGAUAGUAUACAUCACUGCUGGGAUAGUUGGCUUCUCUAUAACCAGCUAUCUCACUCUGGGAUUUGAGCUUGCCGUGGAGUUGACAUACCCGGAAUCCAAAGUAGUGUCAUCUGGCCUCCUCAACGUGUCUGCCCAGGUAUUCGGGAUCAUCUUCACCAUCUCCCAGGGCCAGAUCAUGGACAACUACGGAACCAUGCCUGGGAACAUCUUCCUGUGUGUCUUUCUGACCCUUGGAGCAGUGCUCACUGCAUUCAUUAAGGCAGAUCUCCGGAGGCAGAGGCUCCUGGAAAUAUUUAGGGAAACUGAAGUCAUAGGUGGCUGA